CAUUUAUGGCCACAUCUUCUAAAGGGGGUUCCUUUUUUUUAAUCUUUUUUCUUUGGCCAGCAGCAAAGAAAUGGGAGCAUGCUUAUAUUUAUGGAAAUCAAUGCACCCUUUGAAGGUGUUUGGGCUGUAUCGUACAUUUGAUUAAUUAGCAUAUAAUAAUAAUUAUUGUUUUUAAUGGCCGAAAAAGAAAAGGGGAAAAGGCCUCCAAUGCCCAUACUCUCUCUCUCUCCCCCCUUCUCUCAAUGUCUCUCUCUCUCUCUCUCUCAAAAGAAACACCAAAAAUAUUAAUUCAGACGAGAAAAGGGAAACUCAAUCAAGAAAAGCACCUUGGCUCUCUCCUCCUCCUCCAUUUUCUUUUUCUUGUUCACCCUCCAAAAAUCUCGAAAUCUGAUGAGAAUUGAUUCAGGGUCAUCAAGAGGAAGGGGAGCCAAGCCAUAGGGAGAAUUUCCCCAAUAUUUCACAACCCUCAUGUUCUAGAAAGGAUUUUUGCCCUUUUGAUUUAAACCCAGAGAAAUUUAAAAAGCAAGAAUGGAAUCCAGCAUAGAAUGCAUAUCUUCCACAGACGGAAUGGAUGAAGAUGAGAUCUCUCCCGCAAAUCCGUAUUCUCAGUUUUCAUCCUCCAAGUCACCCGGCAAUAAUAUUGGCAGCAAUGGCGUGGUGAUUAAUCCAGCCACAAGUGUACACGAGCUUCUAGAAUGCCCUGUUUGCACCAAUUUUAUGUAUCCUCCCAUCCAUCAGUGCCACAAUGGCCACACUCUAUGUUCCACGUGUAAGGCAAGGGUUCACAACCGAUGCCCGACUUGUAGACAGGAGCUAGGUGAUAUAAGGUGCCUGGCUCUCGAAAAGGUGGCUGAAUCGCUUGAACUUUCAUGCAAGUAUUCUUCCCUUGGGUGCCCAGAGGUCUUCCCUUACUAUAGCAAGUUGAAGCAUGAGGCUAUCUGCAGCUUUAGGCCAUACAACUGUCCCUAUGCUGGCUCGGAGUGCUCUGUUGUUGGCGAUAUCCCAUACCUAGUUGCUCACUUGAGAGAUGAUCACAAGGUGGAUAUGCAUUCUGGGUGCACCUUCAAUCAUCGUUAUGUCAAAUCAAAUCCUCGUGAUGUAGAAAAUGCAACUUGGAUGCUGACAGUUUUCCAUUGUUUCGGCCAGUACUUCUGUCUACACUUCGAAGCGUUUCAACUUGGAAUGGCUCCUGUCUACAUGGCUUUCCUUCGGUUCAUGGGUGAUGAAGUGGAUGCUCGGAACUAUAGCUACAGUUUGGAGGUAGGUGGGAAUGGUCGAAAGCUGAUAUGGGAAGGCACCCCUCGGAGCAUCAGAGAUAGCCACAGAAAGGUGCGGGACAGCCAUGAUGGCCUCAUUAUACAGCGCAACAUGGCACUGUUUUUCUCCGGGGGUGACAGGAAAGAACUUAAGCUACGAGUGACAGGGCGAAUAUGGAAGGAACAACAUAGCUUGGAUGGUGGAGCAUGUGUGCCCAAUUUGUGCACUUAGUUAAUAACAAUAAUUAUAACAAGAAGAAUUGCUGCCUAUGCUUCAUUUAUGUCUGGGCUUCAGCAAUCUCUAUCUCUCAGCCAGUCUCCUGUGCUUUAAACCUUCCUUUUAUCUUCUUUGGAUGUUGCCAGUAACAAUGUGUAUUCUUACAUUUCUUGGGAGUGUACUGUUGUUUCUUGAAAAGGGGUUUCCUGUCUAAUUA